ACGCAGCCCAAUGAGAGUUUUUCCGGGAGCCGUUUCAUCAGCUUUGCGCACACCCAGGCGAGGAAAGAGCUGCUCCGCGGAGGAGAGGGAAGAGAGAAAGAGGCAACCUGAUUUCGGUCCUCGGUGACAAACCAAGGGGGCUGCUCCGGUUAGAGCCAGGCGUGAGGUUUGGGAAAGUUGCGCCUUGGCUAGUUCCUGGACUUGGCUGGGAAGUCGGGGAAAACAAAACCACCGCUUGCAGCUGGCCUUCUCCAUAGACGGGAGGGAUUCCUCGGUUCAGUGAGACCACCUGAGGAAUAUGGAAUCUCCACUCCAUAGGAGAGGAAGGCAGCAGCAUCAUAACUCCCUAAACCAAGAGGGGAAUAAGGUGAGUUUUCGCUCUUUGGAGAUCUAGAAGCGAAGGGUGAAGAAAGAAGAAAAAAGAUCGAUGAAGGAAGGAGUGGAAGAAACACAAGACCCCAUGCCUGCAGCCAAGAUGAGCGAAACGCUUCAGCUGCCCUCGUUACGCGUGUCGCAGCCGCAGGUGGAGGAGGAGCAGGGCCACGCCUGGUCCAGCUCCUCCACGCCGACUUUGCGCCGAAGGCGUUUCAGGAUGCGCCGCGCAAGGAACGCCGAAGAGCAGAAUCCAGAGCCCGCAUCCUCUUCCUCCUCGAAGGAGUUCCUUCAGCUCCCCUCCAUCGAAAUUACGCCCUCCAGCGACGAAGACGCCCCUUGGUCCAACUGUUCCACGCCGAGCGCCUCUCCCCGGCGCAAGCGCUUCCUCCUUCGGAAGUGGUUGAACGUGAGGGAGAAGAAAGAAUGCAGCGAGAGCAGCAGCCAACACAGCAGUCAUGAGGAUGAUCCCUCCCGAUUUCUGAGCCCCCGACUACGUGAUGACAGCACUGCCAGUAACUCGAACCGCAGUACGCCCGCUUGCUCCCCAGUCCUGCGCAAACGCUCCCGGUCUCCCACCCCACAGGACCCCCAAGGAGACACCAUGGUGGAGAAAGGGUCGGAUCAUUCUUCUGACAAAUCUCCUUCCACGCCAGAGCAAGGUGUGCAACGAAGCUGUUCCUCCCAAUCCGGUCGUGGCGGGACCAAGAAUUCUAAGAAAAGCCAGAGCUGGUACAAUGUGUUGAGUCCAACCUACAAACAACGGAAUGAAGACUUCAGGAAACUUUUCAAGCAGCUUCCCGAGACGGAGCGCCUCAUUGUUGAUUACUCCUGUGCCCUUCAAAGAGAUAUUCUCUUGCAAGGUCGUCUCUACCUCUCUGAAAACUGGAUAUGUUUCUACAGCAACAUCUUCCGCUGGGAAACCCUGCUGACCGUCCGUUUGAAGGACAUCUGCACCAUGACCAAGGAGAAAACUGCACGGCUCAUUCCUAACGCUAUCCAAGUUUGCACAGACACUGAAAAGCACUUUUUCACUUCCUUUGGUGCCCGGGAUAGGACGUACAUGAUGAUGUUUCGUCUCUGGCAGAACGCCCUCCUUGAAAAGCCCUUGUGUCCAAAGGAACUUUGGCAUUUUGUACAUCAGUGUUAUGGCAACGAGCUGGGGUUGACGAGUGAUGAUGAAGAUUAUGUUCCUCCUGAUGAAGAUUUUAACACCAUGGGUUACUGCGAGGAGAUCCCAGUGGAAGAAAAUGAAAUCAACGACAGCUCCUCCAAAAGUAGCAUGGAGGUCAAAGCUGAAGUGAGCCCUCAGCUUCCCAAGAAGUCUCUUACCAACAGCAGCACGUUGACUCCAACAAACAGUGAAGCUCCGAUCCCGUAUGAAGGGGUAGUUCCUGAAGAAGAAGAGGUUUUGGACAUACCGGCCGAGAAGGAGAUGACAAUUGCAAAUCUCAUUGGAGACAAGAUUGACAUCAUCGCCCCUGUGAAUUCUCCUUCUCUGGAUUUCAAUGACAACGAGGACAUUCCAACUGAACUCAGUGAUUCCUCCGAGACUCAUGAUGAAGGGGAGGUCCAGGCCUUUUAUGAAGAUCUGAAUGGACGACAAUACAUGAAUGAAGUCUUCAACUUUAGUGUGGAUAAGCUCUAUGAUCUGCUCUUCACAAACUCUCAAUUCUUAAGGGAUUUCAUGGAGCAACGACGGUUUUCUGAUGUUAUUUUUCAUCCAUGGAAGAAGGAAGAGACUGGCAAUCAAAGCAGAGUUAUUCUCUACACCAUCACCCUCACCAACCCCCUGGCUCCAAAAACUGCCACCGUUACUGAAACUCAGACAAUGUACAAAGCCAGCCAAGAAAGCGAGUGCUAUGUUAUAGAUGCCGAGGUGCUAACUCACGACGUUCCCUACCACGAUUAUUUCUACACAAUUAAUCGUUACACAUUGACGCGUGUUGCCAGGAACAAAUGUCGACUCAGGGUUUCUACAGAGCUACGUUACAGAAAACAGCCAUGGGGACUAGUGAAAUCCUUCAUUGAGAAGAACUUUUGGAGUGGUCUUGAUGACUAUUUUCGCCACUUAGAGAGUGAAUUGACCAAAACCGAGAGUUCGUAUCUAGCAGAACUUCACAGACAGUCACCCAAAGAGAAGGCGAACAAACAAUCCACAGUGCGGCGGAGGAAACGACCUCAUACACAUUUGCGGGGGCCUCAUCUGGAGGAAAUAUUGAGCCCCGUUACUACUCCCACAGAUGAGGAGGUUGUAGGUCGAAUCAAGCGUGUGGCAGGUUCCACUCAAACACGGCACAUCCCUGAAGAAAGUCCCAACAGCUUCCACUUGCAGAGUGUCUCCAAAUUACUGCUUAUUAUUAGUUGUGUUUUGGUGCUUUUGGUCAUCCUUAAUAUGUUGCUGUUCUACAAGCUGUGGAUGCUGGAAUACACAACUCAGACCUUGACGGCAUGGCAGGGGCUCCGUUUACAGGAAAGGUUACCCCAAUCUCAGACUGAGUGGGCUCAGUUAUUAGAGUCCCAGCAGAAAUAUCAUGACACAGAGCUCCAAAAAUGGCGAGAGAUCAUCAAAUCAUCAGUAGUUCUCUUAGAUCAGAUGAAGGAUUCCCUCAUCAACCUUCAGAAAGGCAUCGGCUCUCGUGAAUAUCGGCCGGAGUCGGAUGAGAAACGGAAACGGUUCUACUAGCAGGCGGGAACACACGUGGCCAGAGGAUUGCGUGCAAUAUAUGUACAUAAGAGAAUGAAUAUAUAGAGAAUUAUAUAUAUUCAUCGUCUCCAGAUUUUUACGGAAGAAAGAAUCAGCUGGCGUAGCGAGAAGAGAAACACGGUGCCGACUGAACUCCAAGCAUUGGAUGAAACCAGGAACGUCACCAAGGAAGGGGCCAGAUUGCGAUGGAGGAAUUGGGCUUUCCCGGCACGGAGGCAUUGUGGGAAAAUCCACUCUGGCCCUCCUGGAUUCAUGCAUCUUUCUAGGCAUUUAUUCCUGGCUCUUUGUUUUUCUGCCCCUCUUGGGCGGGGGCGGGGAAGACGUAGGAAGCCAUGAAACCCUUCUUGGGAGCUGAUCUUUAACUAGUCUUGGCACAAAAGUUAUUUUUCUCGGCAAGAAUGCGGUUGGCCGGCUUUCUCCCCCCCCAUCCCCCGGGCAAAUCUUCAAGCCGGCUGCCAAACCGAGCAUUGUUGCUUGUUUCCCACCUAGGGUCCCUUUGCGGGAUCUCUCUCUCUCUCUCGUUGGCAAGUGGACUUGGCACAUGCUUUAUCCCCUACCCACGCUGCUACUUCGGCGGAGAGAGCGGGCCGCCCCGGCGUGCGACGGGAUGAGUUUUGUUUGAGGAGACGAGACCGGGAAGCUUGUUGUGCGUGCGCGCGCGGGCGGAAGGGCCUCGUGUCCGGCUCACUCAGGUGCUAACUCCCUUUGUGAAGGAUGAGUUCUGCCAGGGAGCGGGUGGCCACAACGAUGGCGACUUUGCGACCUGUGGAUUUCGACUCCCAGAAUUCUGGUCUAAAGGAAUUCUGGGAGUCCAAAGUCCACAGGUCAUCAAGUCCCCACGGUGGGCCAUCCUUGAGUCACGUCUUGUUCCUUUCCUUGCUUCAGCUUGAUGGCAUCUUCUCUGGUGGUUGUUGUCGUAUCCUUUGACCUUUGCAGCUUCAAGUAGUUACUCACGAGAGAGAGCUGUCGCUCUGCUUAAAGGGCUAUCUGUACUUGCAGAGAUAACAAUGGAGACCCACAUCAAGGGAGCGUGAACUGCUCUCGUGUGUAAAUGUCCACAGCAAAAACAAAAACAUAAGGCAACAACCAAUUGAGCCGCAACCCAAGGACGUGCCUCAGCUCAGCAAGGGGUUUAAAAAUGUCUGCUUCGAGGUCUUCGUUCCAAAUCUUCUUUAUUUAUUUAAGCCGUCUUGUUUCUUGUACCCAUGUCAAGAUGGAGAGUUGAGGAAGAAGGAGAAAUAAGGAGAAAUACUUUUGCCUUUCAGAGUGAGAGCCGGGCCUUACAUUGCUGUAUCUGUCAGCUUGGGCCAUGGCAAGUCACUGUGCAGCCACAUGAAGCUCUUGUAAAAAAAAAUAAUAAUUGAAGGACACUUCUGAAGGUUCAUUCAGCAACUCCUCGAUGCGGAUUCCUCAGCUCCUCUUCAGAGGCUGAUUUCAAAUGCAAGAAUGCCUUUUAAUCCUUUAAAGCAGGGGUGGUCCAACUUCGGCAACUUUUAAGAAUUGUGGACUUCAACUCCCAGCAUUCUUUAGCCAGCCUUCCGUGUUGUCCUGCAGAAUUCUGGGAGUUGAAGUCCAACCAGUCUGUAAGUCUUAAAAGUCGCUGAGGUUGGACUUCCCCUGCUUUAAAGAAAGUCCUUCUCGGUGGUCGCUAAGCGAUCAGAGUCCAAAGCAUGGCAGCGCCGCAAAACGCAGGCAUGAGAACUUUUGUUGGCUGAGUUGUGAACAAGAAAAUACAAAAGCAUUGUAUUUUUUUAGGAUUUUUCCUUGGGGGGGGAGGGGGUAUCCAUACCACGACAGAGCUAGAAUUCCACCAAACAAUGAUGGGCUUUUUUGUGUGUGUGGAUUUGGUCAAAGCAAACAUUUCUCUAAUUUGGAGUGAAGCAAACCGAAAACUUAUUUGUGGGCGGGAGGUCAGUUUUAUCGUGCAAAAGGCCACAGUUUCCUAGAAGGCCAAAGCUGAGCUGUGGAUUCUCUCCGGCUUCUAGUCUAAAACUAGAGAUUUCCCUUUUUCAGGCUUCAUCAGGAUGGUGCCUAUCAGUGUUUAACUGAUCUGCACCAGGGGUGGGCUUCAAAAAUUUUAGCAAGGGGUCCUCUGCCCGGUUGCUGGUGGGCGUGGUGCCAUGAUGGGCGUGGCCUAGUUGGCCUCCUGCACCAGGGCAGGGUGGUGAUGGCGUUUUUCCCCUCCUCAGGCUCUGGAGUCUUUCCUCAAGCCUCCGAGAGGGUGAAAACUGCCUCCCCAGGCUCCGGAGGCCCUCUGGAAGCCGAAACUAUUGGUAGGCCCGUUUUUCGCCCUUCCCAAGCCUCCAUGCAUGCCCUACACUUACCUGCAU